AUGCUCUUCAAUCGUAUUGCUCUGUUUGCUGCAAGCUGCGCGGCUCUUGUAUCUGCCGGUCCAUUGAACUUUCAUGCCGGUAGUUCGAAGGAUCAGCCAGUCUCCAACAACUGGAACACUAAGGAAAUCUCGCAGGCCGCAGGUCUUGUUCAACAGACCUACUGUGACCGUUCCACUACUAAGCCUGGUCUGAAGAUCGGAGAUUCUACUCUUCUUUUCACUGCUGGUAAUGGUGAUCAUCGCCAGCGCUUCAAUCUGUACCACUCGGAGAGCCUUGGAAUUGCCGUGGCCAUUGAAGGUACAAACCUGACCUCGAUUACGUCUGAUCUCCAUGAUGUCAAGGGUCUACCUGUCUUGCCUCAUCCGCGCUACCGCUCGCAUUAUCCUGAGGGCACAAGGGUGAUGCAUGGCUUCCAGGAGGCCUACGUCAGUAUCAUGGACGAUAUGGUACGCGCUAUCGAAAAGUACAAGAAGGAAAAGAAUGAGAAACGAGUCACCAUAAUUGGUCACUCGCUGGGUGCUGCUAUGGGUUUGCUUGCUGCUAUGGAUGUUGAACUUCGCCUGGAUGACGGUAUUUGCAAGACUUAUCUAUUUGGUCUGCCCCGCGUCGGUAACCCAACCUUUGCUGGAUUCGUUGACGAAAAGAUCGGUCAUAAGUUUUACUCAAUCAUCAAUGGUCAAGACUGGGUCCCCGCCGUCCCUCCUCGUGCCCUUGGUUAUCAGCACCCAUCGAACUACUUGUGGAUUUACCCAGGUAACUCGACUAAUGCUAAGAUCUAUCCCGGCCAGGAAAACGUCCACGGUAUUCUUACUGUGCCCCGCGCCCCUAACUUCUACGACCACCAGGGCGUGUACUUCCACACUCAAAUCGGUGCUUCCUUCGGUCAGUGCCCUGCCAAGGUUGGCAACAUGUAA